CAUUGCCCGAUUUCCCUCAAGGUCAAAGGAGAUUCCAACAUAUAUUUUGGUAAUCGAUGCAACAAAUACAGUUUCUGUUCGCCUGUCCGUUGGAACGUCGCACAUCAACUCCUAGACUUCCCCUCUUUCCCAGAUACUCGGUGAGAUAAUUAUGCAUCAAUGUCGAAGAUAGUUUUGAGGAGGAGCUUGCGGAUGUUCGAUUUACUCAAACAGAAUUUGUGGAGUGUUUUCACAAAACACUAUGGAUGUCGGAGAGAAAGUGUAUAGGCAAACUCUGCCAGUGCCGAUGUAUCAGAAUGACUACAAUAUCUGGUCGGUAUUGAAAAAUUGCAUUGGAAAGGAACUGAGCAAAAUCACGAUGCCGGUUGUAUUCAACGAACCCCUGAGCUUCCUGCAGAGAAUUGCAGAAUACAUGGAAUAUUCUCAUCUGCUCACUUUGGCUUCCGAGCAAGAAGAUCCUGUCAUCCGAUUGCAGUAUGUCAUAGGAUUUGCUGUGAGUGCCUUAGCUUCCAAUUGGGAACGCUUAGGCAAGCCUUUCAACCCCUUGUUGGGAGAAACGUACGAGCUGGAACGUAAAGAAUUCCGAUUCAUCUGUGAACAAGUCAGUCAUCACCCACCUGUAUCAGCCUUCCACGCUGAGAGUAAAGAUUGGGUCUUUCAUGGUUCGAUACACCCUAAGCUCAAGUUUUGGGGGAAAAGCGUUGAGAUACAGCCUAAAGGAGUUGUCACCGUCGAAUUCCCAAAGUUGAAAGAUGCUUAUACUUGGAGUAACGUCCAGUGCUGUGUACACAAUCUGAUAGUAGGUAAGCUUUGGAUGGAGCAAGUUGGCACUAUGGAAAUAUGUAGUCAUGCUUCUGGACAAAGAGCUCAACUGACGUUCAAGCAAGCUGGGAGCAAUGGUAAAGACCUACAUAGAGUCGAAGGAUUCAUUUUUGAUAAACAAAAACAUAAACAGUUUUUCCUGUAUGGCAAGUGGACCGAAUUCCUGAAAUGUACAGACAAUAACUCCUACGAAGAAUAUCUUAAAGAAAAUGGAUCAAAACAUCACUCAUGCAACUCAAAAUCCUCAAAAAGUCCCAAUGAUUCACCUUCACAUACAUCAAAAAAAGUUCUCCAGAAGCUUAAUAGCUUGAAACUAAGCUCAUUCAAAUCAAUGUCAGUUGCGGAGAGUAUGGAUGAUCCAACUGAAAUACCAGAGGUGUCUGUUCCAAGAAGUGAUUCUGCGUAUUCUAUUGAUAUUCCAAACUCUACGUUGAUUUGGAAAGUUAAUCCAAGGCCACAACAUAGCAGUGAUUAUUACCAAUUCACCGAGUUUGCCAUGUCCUUAAACGAGCUGGAGACUGACAUGGAGAAAACCCUUUGCCCAACUGACUCAAGAUUGAGGCCAGACAUUAGAAAAUUGGAACAGGGAGACAUUGAUGGUGCAGCAAUCGAAAAAACUAGAUUAGAAGAGAAACAAAGGGCUGCAAAUAAGAAUAUGAAGACCAAAAAAAUCGAAUGGAAACCAAGGUGGUUUGAUCAAGGAAUUAACCCGUAUAACAAGCAAGAAGAUUGGAUUUUUAACGGGAAGUAUUGGGGUAGACAAUAUACCGAUCCAGAAAUAUUCUAAUGCUCAUCAGUUUAGAUAUUUAGUCGAAAGAUCUGUUCAUAUGAAAGCUUUUUAGUAGUUCUCGAUGCCUGCAAUAAGUGCCAAAGGUACAAUAUCGAGAUGUCUAUGUGCAAUCUUCCGAGGCAAAGUUAAGUACGUGCCUAGUUUCAAUGUGUAUAGAGAACUUUUUGGGUAUAAAGAGUAGGACUAAAAUCGUUCUCUCCUAGCAGCCAAAAUUUAGUGAAAACAUUUGAAUCAAGUAGAUUGACUCAUUAUUAUCAAAUAAAUUUUCAAAUAACCCAUGAAUUCCAAGCAUGUUAAGAAGGAAUAUACAAAGUGUUGUUGAUGUAAAUGGGAUCUAGACUAAGUGUUCUUAAUGAAGACGUAUAAAAAAAAUUGUUUGAUUUAAUAUCAUAAGUUGGUCUGACAUCUCCAUAAUAACGAUAAAAAUGAGAAAUACCUAUUUUUCAAAAAUCUAUUUUUAUACAUCUUUAAAACAAACUCCAAUUAGGCAACCCAUUAUCACAGUAUUUUCACCUACAAAAAAUAUAUAGCUUCACAAAAAAUUUAUGUUGAUGUCAGCACAUUUUACGGAUCAUAUGUAUACAGCUGAGUGUGUCAGAUCAAUUUCACAAAAAGUAGCUUAGUUUUGAAAUCGUCUCAAUCUCAAUAUCAUCUCUAGGAGAAGCAACCAUCACAUGUACUGCCAUCGCAGAACUGUAAAGAAACCUAUCUUAAAAUGCCAUGAAAUUGUAAAAACGAUAUUAUUCCCGUUGAAAGUAUUAUUAGAAUACUUAGCUUUAAAAAUAAGCUGUUGGCAAUCUUGUUUUAUUUGUGUUGAAACCGUAUUGUACAAACUUAGUAUUAUGUAAAAUAUAUCAGCAACUUGAAACAACAUCAGGAACUUCUUGAGAUAAUUUGAUAGAAAUCGUGUGUAGAUAUUCUCAAAUACUUAUUGGGAGAUUCUUAUUCAAAACACCUAUCGCUUCCCAAGAGUCAUUGCCACUAAACUAUUUACCACGAUGUAGAUUGGGGUUACUAAAUAAGACUCUUUAUUCUUUGUUUUCAAAAUAUCUGUGCAUCUUGUUCAUGUUCCUUAUGUUACCAUAUAUACAAGAUGUUAGGGAAAUAAUAUUCGUAACUUUAAGAAGUGAUUCCUUGCAUUAUUCUAAGCAAAAAAGUUCAUUAUAGCUUAUGUCCGAAAAUCAAUCGUUUUCGAGUAAAUAAUGAAAUUUUUUCAAACAUUUGGCAACACUGCAACGGAACCGCGAUACUAGCGGACGACGACCGCAACUGAUUCAUCGAAUUGCUUACGUUUAUAUGAUGUUUUUUUUUGAAAAUAUGCCUUGAAUUAUUGAAUACUUUUACGCAAUUUCUUGUGGAUAACAUUUUUUAUUUAAUAACACUUUCAGUGCAGUACAUUUACUUAAAAAAAAUGACAGAACUUACCGGCACAUGGCGAUACACACCACCAAUUCCCACGAUUACCAGUCACUUAUUUGAAACGAUGCGAUGCACGAAAAAAGAAAAGAAAAUCCGUAAAUCACAAAGUUACAGUUAACUGUGUUAGUAAUCACAAUAGAUGUUCUUCGGUUUCCACUCCAACUUCAGGAUGUCUUCCGCGAUUGUUAAAAUUAGGCACUACGCUCCCUGUGUCCAGAAGUCUUUGGGAUACUUCUACGAAUGUUCUUCUAGCUGGUAGCCUUCGAUCAGGAAAACGUUCUUCGUAAAUGCGCCUAGCCUCUUCAGAAUUGCGAUGAGCCUCUCCGAAAAUAAUAAGCAUAUUAUCGUAAUACUCGCGUGCCGAAAACAUCUCUUUCGUAUCAAAAUGCACGCUCUGAUACAGUAAUACAUACUGAAUAAUAAAAUGUGAUUUCAAUUCGGGUAAACAUUAUUUGCAUUAACGUAUGCAAAAAACUAUCAAAUACUUUUUUCCCGAUGUAGGUAUUUAUUUUUUGCCUAUCGACACGAUGUCGGUCGCGAUUAUACAUGCAGUGCAGGCAGAGUACGACAUUGCCAGUUGUGCGAGGGAUUUUGUUUGUUUUUCUUCGGAAAAUUGUAUUUAAUAGGCAAGAAAAUUAUUUUGUUAGAGACAGUUAAUAAUAUACAGGGUGACUUUGAAGUUGAGUCAUUAAUUUUCAGAUAAUGAUUGUAGAAGGAAGAUAAACCAAAAUAUGUGUGUAAAAAUAAAAAAAAAUGUUACCUUGUUUAAUAAAGUAUCCUCCCGACAAGUAUUUCAGUGCGGACCUGUAUUUGAUCGUGCGGUCUUGGAGCAGCAUGCCCUCACCUGUGAGGUCUUAAGUCACCUGAUUCACGAGCCCUUUGUACUACAUUAACAAAGGCACGAGGGGUUGGUUGCACUCGAUUGGGAAACCGAUUCGCAUAAAUCCGUGAUGCAUCCGGGAGCAUUUUGUAAAGACUGCCAACCCGUAAAUAACAAUCAUGUCCACAAGUUCAGCAUUUUCGUAAACAUGUGCCAUUUUUUAUUUCGUUUGAACCACGCAACACACUACUAUUCACUUACGCGUUAUCGACUGACGAAAAACAUCGUGAUAAACGUUUCAAAUUCUUUCGCUUUUUUGUUUCCGAUGCGAUGAACCGGUCAGGCGGAUUAUAUCCGUUGUCGCCAAACACGAGCAUAUAAUAGGCAGGGCGGUACUCAAACUUCCAAAGGGCUAUAACUUUGUUACUUUAAUUUUACCAGAAAAAUGGUAAAGGAAAAAAACAUUUCUUUUGAUCAGAUCUACUCACUGUUAAAAUAAAUGACUCAACUUCGAAGUCACCCUGUAUAAUAAUAGAUGUAUAGAUACAUUUUACGUUAUUAGGCAUAUGAAUUUAAAUUAUCAAGGUGCAAAAUUAAUUUUUUUCAUGGCUAAAAAGAAAUAAGUACAUCAUUUUUUUGCUCCGAAACGGUUGAUUUUCGGACAUGGAUUAUAAUGAACUUUUUUUGCUCAGAAUAAUUAAAGUUACGAAUAUUAUUUCCCUAAUACCCGUAUAUAAGCGCUCAUUCAUCAAUUGAAGGUAGAUCGUUCGAGAAUAAAGUAUAUCUCAAACACAGCUUCAUAUUAUUAUUUCCAAUACCCGAAAUCGGACAGUCUUAUUUUUAUUUAAAAUGAGAUGCACCUGCAAUGUUAUUUUAGGGGCCAUAACUACACAAAAGUCAAUGUCAAUGAAAAAGGAAAUAAUAAAAGUAUAUGUAUACAAA